CAUGAUCCAUCACCGGCCUUCCUUUUAAAGUAUAGACGGGCUCUUGCUUCCAUCGGUUGUAUCGUCAGUUUUCACCCUGUUUGCAGUCUUGAAGAAGGGAAAUUACGAAAGUAUUCCCACCUCUUUUUAAAAGUAACGAAUAGCCCACCCACCUUGUCUUUUUGUGUUUUGCAGCCCUCUCUACCUUUGAGCAUCUGCCACAUCUUCUCCAGUCCCAACAUCUCAAACUCUCUCUCUUUCUCUCUCUCUCUCUCCCUGAGGAAUGGCAAAUGAAAUCCCUGUAAUAGAUAUGGAGGAUUUCCCAGGGCAGCUUCCGAAGCUUCUACAAGCAUGCGAAGAAUGGGGAACUUUCAGGGUGGUCAACCACAAGAUCCCGUCGGGGCUUCUUUCGGAGAUGAAGUCGGUCGUCAGAUCUCUAUUCGACCGCCCGCCGGAGAUCAAGCGCCGGAAUACAGACACAAUUUCCGGCAGCGGCUAUGUGGCUCCCAACUCCAGGAAUCCUCUCUACGAAGCGUUGGGACUCUACGACAUUGGCUCUUCUGAUGCUGUCCUUACCUUCUGCUCUCAACUCGACGCCACCCCCCAACAGAGUGAAACAAUUAAGUCAUAUGCUCACGCAAUAUUGGAGCUGGCCAUGGACAUAGGGCGCAAGAUAGCAGAAAGCAUUGGCAUAGACUGUGAUUUGUGUAGGACAUGGCCAUGCCAAUUUAGGAUAAACAAAUACUCCUUCACGAAGGAAACAGUAGCCUCCCUGGGAGUUCAAUUGCACACGGACUCUGGCUUUCUCACCAUACUCCAGGAAGACGAUUGUGUUGGUGGUCUUGAAGUGAUGGACAAAACAGGUGCAUUCUUAGCCGUCGAUCCCUUUCCAGGGUCACUGCUUGUCAACCUCGGGGAUGUUGCUAAGGUAUGGAGCAAUGGCAGAUUCUAUAAUGUGAAGCACCAAGUUCAAUGCAAGGAAGCGGCAACACGUAUAUCGAUUGCCAUGUUCAUCCUAGGUCCAAAGGUGGAUGCAGUGGAGGCGCCGCCAGAGCUUGUGGAUGUCAACAACCCUCGCCUCUAUCUCCCUUUCACCUAUGAAGACUACCGAAAGUGUCGGCUCUCGACAGGGAUGCGAGCUGGUGAAGCUCUUGUGCUUUUCUCUACAAAACAAAACUGAGAUUGCUUAAUAUACAAACCAUAAUUCAAAAAAUGCCUUCCAAGCUGUAGUAAGUUAAUAGCCAUUGAACUUAUGAAAUCCUAAGCCUCUAAUCUAUGCUGGAGCUUUGCUGCUUUAGUGCAA